AUGGCUCGACCGCCGCCCCCUGGUUACGCGCCCCCAGCUCGGUCCACAGCACCCCAGGUGUUCACCGGGAGCCUGAAGGCGCCUCUCUGGCUGCGUGCUUACUUCCAAGGCCUGCUCUUCUCCCUGGGCUGCGGGAUCCAGAGACACUGUGGCAAAGUGCUCUUCCUGGGCCUGCUGGCCUUUGGGGCCCUGGCGCUGGGUCUUCGCGUGGCGGUCAUCGAGACAGACCUGGAGCAGCUCUGGGUGGAAGUAGGCAGCCGGGUAAGCCAGGAGCUGCGCUACACCAAGGAGAAGCUGGGAGAGGAGGCUGCUUACACCUCCCAGAUGCUGAUACAGACUGCACGCCAGGAGGGGGAGAACGUUCUCACGCCAGAGGCCCUCAGCCUCCACCUCCAGGCAGCCCUCACCGCCAGCAAAGUGCAAGUAUCACUCUACGGAAAGUCCUGGGAUCUCAACAAGAUCUGCUACAAAUCAGGAGUUCCUCUGAUUGAAAAUGGCAUGAUUGAGCGGAUGAUCGAGAAGCUGUUUCCAUGCGUGAUCCUCACCCCGCUUGACUGCUUCUGGGAGGGAGCCAAGCUCCAGGGUGGCUCUGCCUACUUACCAGGCCGCCCUGACAUCCAGUGGACCAACUUGGACCCUGAGCAGCUGCUGGAGGAGCUGGGCCCCUUCACCUCCUUGGAGGGCUUCCGGGAGCUGCUGGACAAGGCCCAGGUGGGCCAGGCCUAUGUGGGCCGGCCCUGUCUGCACCCUGAUGACGCUCACUGCCCACCCAGUGCUCCCAACCAUCACAGCAGAGAGGCUCCCAACGUGGCUCAGCAGCUGAGUGGGGGCUGCCACGGCUUCUCCCACAAAUUCAUGCACUGGCAGGAGGAGUUGCUGUUGGGAGGCACGGCCAGAGAUGCCCAAGGACAGCUGCUGAGGGCAGAGGCCCUGCAAAGCACCUUCCUGCUCAUGAGCCCUCGGCAGUUGUAUGAACACUUCCGGGGCGACUACCAGACACAUGACAUCGGCUGGAGCGAGGAGCAAGCUGGCACCGUGCUUCAGGCCUGGCAACGACGCUUCGUGCAGCUGGCCCAGGAGGCCCUGCCCAGAAACGCCUCGCAGCAGGUCCAUGCCUUCUCCUCCACCACCCUGGAUGACAUCCUACAAGCGUUCUCGGAAGUCAGCGCAGCGCGCGUGCUGGGAGGCUACCUGCUCAUGCUGGCCUAUGCUUGCGUGACGAUGCUGCGGUGGGACUGUGCCCAGUCCCAGGGCGCUGUGGGCCUUGCCGGGGUGCUGAUGGUGGCCCUGGCUGUAGCCUCAGGCCUCGGGCUCUGCGCCCUGCUGGGUAUCGCCUUCAAUGCUGCCACUACCCAGGUCCUUCCCUUCUUGGCGCUGGGCAUUGGCGUGGAUGACAUAUUCCUGCUGGCGCACGCUUUCGCAAAGGCUCCCCCUGGCACUCCUCUCCAGGCACGCACAGGCGAGUGUCUGCAGCGCACGGGCACCAGUGUCGCCCUCACAUCCAUCAACAACAUGGUCGCCUUCUUCAUGGCUGCCCUGGUUCCCAUCCCCGCGCUGCGGGCCUUCUCCCUGCAGGCAGCCAUAGUGGUUGGCUGCAACUUUGCUGCCGUGAUGCUUGUCUUCCCAGCCAUCCUCAGCCUGGACCUGCGCAGGCGCCACUGCCAGCGCCUGGAUGUGCUCUGCUGCUUCUCUAGCCCCUGCUCUGCUCGAGUGAUUCAGAUUCUGCCCCAGGAGCUGGGAGAUGGGACCGUGCCUGUGGGUGUGGCCCACCUGACCACCACGGUCCAAGCCUUCACACACUGUGAAGGCAGCAGCCAGCAUGUGGUCGCCAUUCUACCUCCCCAAGCCCAUGUGGUAACCCCGCCGCCUUCUGACCCUCUGGGCUCUGAGCUCUUUGGCCCUGGGGGAUCCACUCGGGACCUUCUGGGCCAGGAUGAGGGUGCCAGGCAGAAGCCCGCCUACAAGAGCCUGCCCUGCACUCGCUGGAGCCUUGCCCAUUUUGCCCGCUAUCAGUUUGCACCCAUUCUGCUGCAGCCACGUGUUAAGGCUGCUGUGCUGGUGCUCUUUGGGGCCCUUCUGGGCCUGAGCCUCUACGGAGCCACCUUGGUGCAGGACGGGCUGGCCCUGACAGAUGUGGUGCCUCGGGGCACCAAGGAGCAUGCAUUCCUGAGCGCCCAGCUCAGGUACUUCUCCCUGUAUGAGGUGGCCCUGGUGACCCAGGGCGGCUUUGACUACGCCCACUCCCAACGCGCCCUCUUUGAUCUGCACCAGCGCUUCAGUGCCCUCAAGGCCGUGUUGCCUCCACCUGCCACCCAGGCGCCCCGCACCUGGCUGCACUAUUACCGCAACUGGCUACAGGGAAUCCAGGUUGCCUUUGACCAGGACUGGGCUGCUGGGCGCAUAACUCGCCACUCCUACCGCAAUGGGUCUGAGGACGGGGCCCUGGCCUACAAGCUGCUCAUCCAGACUGGGGACGCCCAGGAGCCUCUGGAUUUCAGCCAGCUGACUACAAGGAAGCUGGUGGAUAAGGAGGGCCUUAUCCCGCCUGAACUCUUCUAUGUGGGACUAACUGUGUGGGUGAGCAGUGACCCGCUGGGGUUGGCAGCCUCACAGGCCAACUUCUACCCGCCGCCUCCCGAGUGGCUACACGACAAAUAUGACACUACGGGGGAGAACCUUCGCAUCCCUGCAGCCCAGCCCCUGGAGUUCGCCCAGUUCCCUUUCCUGCUGCGUGGCCUCCGACAGACCGCAGACUUCGUGGAGGCCAUUGAGGGGGCCCGGGCAGCGUGCGCAGAGGCAGGCCGGGCGGGGGUGCACGCCUACCCCAGCGGCUCCCCCUUCCUCUUCUGGGAGCAGUACCUGGGCCUGCGACGCUGCUUCCUGCUGGCCGUGGGCAUCCUGCUGGUGUGCAGCUUCCUCGUCUGUGCCCUGCUCUUACUCAGCCCCUGGACAGCUGGCCUUAUUGUACUGGUCCUGGCAAUGAUGACUGUGGAACUCUUUGGGAUCAUGGGUUUCCUGGGCAUCAAGCUGAGCGCCAUCCCCGUGGUGAUCCUUGUGGCUUCUGUCGGAAUCGGCGUAGAGUUCACAGUUCACGUGGCUCUGGGCUUUCUGACCGCCCAGGGAAGCCGGAACCUGCGCGCUGCCCAGGCCUUGGAGCACAUGUUCGCCCCUGUCACCGACGGGGCCGUCUCCACACUGCUGGGUCUCCUCAUGCUCGCUGGUUCCAACUUUGACUUCAUUGUCAGGUACUUCUUCGUGGUGCUGACGGUGCUCACGCUCCUGGGCCUCCUGCACGGACUGGUGCUGCUGCCUGUCCUGCUAUCCAUCCUGGGCCCACCCCCAGAGGUGGUCCAGACAUACAAGGAAAGUCCAGAGAUCCUGAACCCCACGGCUGCACGGGGAGGCGGACUCAGGUGGGGGAUGUCGCCCACCCUGCCCCAGAGCUUCACCAGAGUGACUACCUCCUUGACAGUGGCGCUCCACCCACCUCCGCUGCCUGGUGCCUAUGUCCAGUCAACCUCUGACGAGCCCGCCUGGUCCCCUGCUACCGCCCCAGCCGCCAGCGGGUCUGGCAGCUUCCACUCUACGGGACUGUAUCCACCCACUGAAUGA